AUGGAGGGAUCGUCUGAUCUCUUCCAGCUACACCCUAUCCUAUACCCAGCGCUCCCGGAUGACCACCGCAUCAAGGCCGACUCGCCCGCAGCCAUCAGUCGAGCGGUGCGAUGCUCGGAGCCUUUUGGAACCAAUCUCUACCUGGGCUCCAGCGAUGGUCAAAUACAUUGGUACUCUCAUACUCCAUCGGCACCCUCGACGUCGUCGGCGCCCAAUGACCAAGAGUACCAGCAUGUGGCCUCGCGCACCAUUUCCACAAUGGGUAAACCCGUGGAGCGCAUCAUGAUCCUCGCGCCCUUAUCCAUCGCUGCCGUCCUGUCCGAAUCAACUUUGAGCUUCUAUGAGCUGCCGGACCUUCAACCGGUUCAUCCACAGGUACUGCCGCACACCAAAGGCGUCGCCAGUGUCGUCAUUGACGAUGCUGAGGGGCAAGAGGCCGAUGGUGAAGGACUAGUCAGCCUAUGCAUAAUUAAGAGGAAGCAAAUCAUUCUCGUCAAAGUGGGCUCAGACACCUGGAGGAUCAUUAAGGAAAUUCCCCUUCCAAGCGGAGCACUGCUUGCGCGCCGGUUUGCAGACGCCCUCUGCAUCGCGACGUCGUCAGAUUACAGCGUCGUGGACCUGAGCCAGGCGACGCUAUCGCCCGUUGGACUUCCCAUCAGCGAGACUUCCGAUUCUCCCUCUGCGUCUGUGCGGCCAUCGAUCCUGUCCGUUUCCAAAGGCAAGGGCAACUGCGUUUUCCUUCUCACGAGCCACUCGCAAGACCUCACGCUGGGCGUCUUCAUCACGCCGCAAGGCGGUCCUACGGCCGAGAUUCUCGAAUGGCCGAGUCACCCGAGGGCACUGGCUCUGGAAUACCCCUAUCUGCACGCGCUGCUGCGAAACGAUACCAUUGAGGUUCACAACGUUCAGACGAUGCAGAGGGUACAGAUCUUGCACCUUCCUUCUGCGCUGGAGCCAAGGCUGCUUUCGUCCGCCGCCACAUCGCUUGAAGUCGUCGAGAGUGCAAGCCAGGAUAAGUUGCGGCUCAUCACGGCCACCGUAGGCCGAUCAAGUAUUCGACGCGUCGAUGCCGCCGCCGAUGACGACGACAACGCAAGGGGGCCCAUGAGCUGGAAGAGAGAAGUUCUUGGCGCACGGAUGAAGUCGAGGGUAUUACUGGUGUGCAAGAAUGCAGUACAGUGCCUCUGUAUGACUAGGACGACGACCUUUGCGAUGCGAGCCUUGAUCCGAGGCGACUUUCGUCGAUGUCAGGCUCUUGCAGACGAGGCCUGGUCCCAGGUUCAGGAAGCCGGCGAUGACGGCAGCAAAGAGGCCCUCGAGCUCGAAUACAUCAAUCAAGUCAUCGGUUUCUGGCAUCUCAAAUCCUUGCGAUUUGAACAAGCCGGCGCUUACCUUUUACGGAGUGGCCUCGAUCUUCACCCCAUUCUCUGCUGUCUCUUCCCCGACUUGAUACCUCCCUCCUCCCAGGUGGAAAAAGAAGUCGAGAUUUUUGCCGACAUCGAGCAAGAGCUCGUUGCAAUUGGCUCCUGUCAAGAUUACGUGAGGAACAAUCUCGAGGACAACUACUCGCCGCCACUGGAUGUCGACGAGGAUGAUGUCCUUAAGAAGCUGUUCGGUCUCCUCAUGAGCAGAGCUCGAGGUUUGGUGCGGACUUUGCUUGAGGAUCAUCGAUUGACGAGCAAUCACUAUCGCGGCGAGAGACUCCCGCGUCACUUGGCCGAUACAGCCUUGGCUCAACUGUACGCUCAAGAAAAUGACAAGGCGUCAUUGACAAAUCUGCUUGCCGAAAACAAUGAGUGCGACGAGGCGACCAUCGAGCCACUGUUGGAGCAAAACGAAUGCUGGGCGGCACUGGCAAAAAUUAAAGAAAAGCAGGGCGAUUGGUCUAGGGCUUUGGACCUUUCGACCCGGCUGAUCGGAGGCGAGCUUGUCGACGCCGCUUUUGCGGGCACCGUGCAGGAUGUAGCCACGAUGUUGUCGAGCUGCGACGACCCAAGACUCGUGCGACAGUACGGCCUCUGGCUGGUUCAGCGCGACGCCGAUGCGGGUAUCAGGCUCCUAACUCGAGGCGUCGGCCGAGGCUCCGACAAAUUGGCAGCAGGGGACCACCAAGGCACGCUGUCCGAGCUUCGAAAGAUCGACGAGAAGGCCGCCGAGGCAUUUCUGGAGUAUUUGGUCCUUUCUCGGAAACAAAGCCUUCCGGAUGCCCACAUGGAUCUGGUCACGACGCUGCUGGGGCGCAUUGCUUCGGCUUUAGAGGACGAUGCCGAACGACAAGCCAUGGCCGAAGUGGCAACUGACUAUCGCGAGGGCGCUUACGAAGACUCAUUCGUCGCUCAUUUGGCUCUACGUAUCGAUGGAUCGAAGGUCAUGUUGGAGCGCCUGAAGCUCAUCAUGCUGCUACAAGGAUCACAAGUCCUAAACGUCGAGUCUCUCCUCGGAGUCAUUCAACGUGUGCCUAUCCUCAUGUUUGAGCAGGCGGUUUUGCUGGGCAAACUUCGACAUAACCGAGAGGCCCUCCAGAUUCUCGCAAUCAACUUGAGAGAUGCCAACUCAGCCGAAGCUUUCUGCCACCAGGGAGGCCAAGUUCUCAGUCCGAUGCUGGCGGAGCGAAUCGCCAACGACGGCAGGCCUCAGCUGAAGCUGUAUGCGACCCUGGUCACCCGAGGAGCAACUAAGAAGAAGAUUGCGCCCGCCCAUCCUCCAGCAACGAUGCCAUCAGGCAAGCCCGACAUGAACGACGGCGAGAAGUCAAAGCUUCUCCGACUCUUGCUUCAAAUAUACCUGGAUCAAUCCUCGAGAGGAGAGGGAGGGGAAGAAACCUAUCAGAUCCCUACGGCGCACCUCCUCAACACGCAGGCCAUUCACCUGUCCACGCUCGACAUCCUCGAACAGGUCCCGGACGCCUGGCCCCUGAAAACACUAGAGACCUUUCUUACCAAGAAGCUCAGGGGGGGUGUCGUCCGGCGACAUCAAGGCCUGGUCGAGAGAGGGGUAUGCCUCGCACAGAAUUUAGAGGUCAAUGAAGUCGUGUGGGCAAGGUUGAGAAGCAUGGGCGGCAUCAUCCAAGACGAAUCGUACGACGACGAUGGGGUCGAAGGGGACGGUGACCGGAGAGAUGGGGGAGACGACGCAUCUUUAGUGGUCGAGGAAAAGAAACUCGUCCCUCUCCCUCCAGUCGACGACAGAUCUGCUGUUGACGUCGACUCUCCAAACUCGCUGCCAAGAAAGGACGAGAUGGACCAAGCCGCCGUCGCCUCUUUCACCCAACGGGAGUUUGCCUAG